CCAGUAGUCGCUGCUGCGGAGCCAGCAUGUCUCUCGCCGCUAACCGAUGGGCUCGCAUAGGAUUCCGAUGGAGACGAUUGCAGCUCGUACGAAGACAGCUCAGCUACUACCACCAUCAUCAACCGACAGCUCCGCUUAUACCCCUGACAGUGGCAGAUGCCGUCGACCGGGCAGCAGCUACUCACGGUGAUAACAUCGCCGUCACAUCAUGUCAUCAAGGCUUAAGAAAGACAUACACCCAAUACAAAAAUGAUAUUGACCACCUGGCAACUGGCCUGGUGUCUCUUGGCCUGCCCGUCGGCUCCACGGUUGGAAUCGUCAUGACAAACAUGUACGAAUGGACACUCGUUCAAUUUGCCGCAGCAAAAGCUGGGCUUCUACUGGUGAACAUCAACACAGCAUACAAGACGCCGGAAUUAGAGUACUGCCUGAGUAAUAUGAACUGCCGAGCUCUCAUUAUGUCCGACAAGUUUGCCAGACAAGACUACUAUCGCAUGCUUCUCGAAAUUGCUCCGGAACUGGAAAGGUCCACACCUGGAGAGCUCAAGAGUUCGAGGCUGCCACUUCUGAAGCAUGUGGUCACGGUGAGCCAUAAAAGCAUGCCAGGAACUCGCUCGUACGCAGACCUCCUCGACUCCGUGAAGAGAGACCACCGUGAGGAGAUGCACAAAAUCUGCUCUCGAAUGCAGUUCGACGCACCGGUGAACGUCCAGUUUACCUCGGGCACAACCGGAAAGCCCAAGGGCGCGAUCCUCUCUCACUUCAAUAUCCUCAAUAAUGCCUACACAGUUGGACACAUCAUGGGAUACCACAAACAGCACGACACCAUCUGCCUGAACGUGCCCAUGGUCCAUUGCUUCGGCUGCGUCCUGGGUACAACGUGUGCGAUGCUCUUCGGCUCCACGGUCGUCAUGCCGGCUCCCAGUUUCAACGGUGCAGCUGCAUUGAAAGCUAUUGCUGCAGAAAGGUGCUCAACGGUGUAUGGAACGCCGACAAUGUUUAUUGAUAUGAUCAGCGGCCUGGACACUCCUGGUACUUCCCACGACGUUUCGUCCGUGUCGAAAGGUCUCAUGGCCGGAGCUCAAUGUCCACCGGAAGUCGUUAAGAGCACCAUGUCCAAACUAAACGCCAGACAGCUGCACAUCGGUUACGGCAGCACGGAAUGCAGUCCUAUCAUUACUUUCUCUGACCCCAGUGAACCGUUGGAGGUGUGGAUACACACUGUUGGGAAGCCAAUUGAUCACGUUGAGGUGAAGAUUGUGGACAAGGAGGACCGCAUAGUCUCGUUCAACACUAAGGGAGAACUGUGUGCCAGGGGCUACCUUGUCUUUCAGGGUUAUUAUGGGGAUGAGCAGAAGACGCGAGAAGCGGUCAAGAGCAACUGGUACCAUACUGGUGACGAAGCAACGAUGGCCGAAGAUGGUCACGUGACAAUCUGUGGACGUAUCAAGGACAUGAUUAUCCGCGGAGGAGAAAAUAUUUACCCGCAAGAGAUUGAGGAGGUCCUCUACACUCAUCCAUGCAUUGAAGAGGUGCACGUCUGUGGCGUUCCGGAUGACCGGCUCGGCGAAGAAGUCUGUGCGUGGGUAAAAAAGAAAAGUGAGAAGAGCAUGAAAGAAGAGGACGUCAGAAGCCACUGCAGAGAAAACUUAAGCCACUUCAAGGUUCCCAAGCACGUCAUGUUCGUCGAAGGGUUUCCCAAGACUUUGUCUGGCAAGGUUCAGAAGUUCAAAAUGCGGGAAGAAUCUACGCGCAGGUUGAAACUGAAACAAUGAAAGACGGAAGGAAUCUCGA